UUUAGAAAGUCACAUGAACUUUGAGACCAGUCCAGCUGUCUCAAACCUCUCUUCACUUGAGAGACACAUGAACUACCACGCCUCCAGUCCUGCAUCAGACAUCACUUCAGCUGAAAAUUCACACAGAGUUCACCAGGGCACACACCAGGGGUCAGAACACACAAACCUCGGAGCACACAAGGGCACAAACUAUGUAGCACACCAGGGAUCACACUAUGGAGCACAUCAGGGAACAUACCAAGAGGCAAUCCACGGAGCACUUCAAGACCCAAACAACGGAGCACACCAGGGAUCACACUAUGGAGCACACCAGGGCUCACACAACGGAGCACACCAGGGAUCAAACUAUGGAGCACACCAGGGACCACACAACGGAGCACACCAGGGAACAUACCAAGACGCAAACAACAGAGCACACCAGGGAUCACAGUACGGAGCACAUCAGGGCACACUGACUGAACUGGUCAAUGAAAAUCCAAGAGCACAACUAACAUCGCAGGGGAAUGAACAUACCAACGAGUUGUCUCCUUUCAAGAGGAAUGUGCUUAAACUUCUCAUGGAAGUUAAGGCAGAGCUAAAAGAGCAGAGAGCAAUGAUACAAAACUUACAGGGAGUGCCUGCUGUACCUGAUCAGGAAAUAAGAUGUGGCUUGCAGUUACCUUUACAAUCUCUUGAAGAUUUUGAGGAAUUGGAGAGGUUGGAUGAGACCGAAAAAAAUAGAUUGAUUUACCAGCUGUCACUUCUAGGUGGGCAUAAAUUGGAAGGCACUAUAAGAAAAAUGUUGAGCCACAUUUUAAGCAACAAACUGGCUUCGUCAUUGAACUGGGCAGGACGUGGAGAGAAGAGGAGCUUCGAGACCUCAAAUCUCUCGAAGAUAAUGUUCCGUGCAUUAAGAAAUACAGCCCAAGGAAAAGAGGCCUCCAAGGCAGACUUUUCCGAGGCAGUAAAGAGAUGGCUCCGUUAUGCUCCAGACCGAGAGGGUGGCAGUGGCAGAAGAUCAUCUGUUAUUUAAUUGUUUAUU